AUGAGUUCAACUGCACCAGAGCAACGCAAGUGGCACACGAUUGGAAAGAAAGGCGGGCCAUGGGUGAAAGUCCCAAUAUUGCCAUUCACUGACGGGCAACCCCAAACUUGGCCCUGUAACACCGCUUGGAAAGGCAGAUACCGCCCAAGUUCAGAAGAACGCUACUUGAUUCAGUUGGCCAGAACUUGGAAGAAGCAACAGCAUGACCUGGUCCCCGGUGUUGACUACUACCUAGACAAACUUCCCGAGGGCUACGCCUUAUUUGAGCUGGACCAACUCAGCGGCAGCCAAGUGUGGAAACGAUUGUUUGGCCACCCUAGUGGGAACUACUAUGAUUCCAUUGUGAAGUUUGAAAUUCACUUCUUAUGGCUGAUGUCCGGCAAACAGGGUGACUGUAGAUGUGUCAACUGUGGAAAGCCUCUCCCACGACCCGUCGAGUCGCGAAGGCCACGCCCUACCGAGUUUGAACGACUUGUUCCCCUGCGCAGAAGCGAACACAACGGAUAUCAAUCUGAUAAUACAUCAGGAUCAACUUCUGCCGGAGGCAGUAUGACGGGCCGACCUUCCAGAAGGCCGCGGCGUCACUUAAAACCGGCCGGAGCUCCCUACGCCGUGGAUGAGGAGGGAAACGAAGAUGUUUACAAAGGGUAUCUCAGAAAACUUGAAAAUAGCAAGGGUGCCAAGAAAGGAAUCGAAGACGACAUUCGCGAAAUUAAUUCUUUAGACUGGAGAGCAGAGCACGAGGAGUUCGCAAAGGAGGAGAAGUAUGGAGUUGAGCUGAUCAAGCAACAUCUCACCUUGAUCUCGCAACAACAUUCCUUCGUGCCCAGACUGGGUGAGCUCGUCCUCUGGACGCCGCAUUUUCUCGACGCCCACUAUCUGAUGCUAGAUCCCGAGAAGCGCGAGUUCAAGUUCUUUUCAUUCGACCAGAAGCAAUUCCACGGUUUUCCACGGUGGCGGGCUGGACUUGUCACCCAGGUACCAACGACGACUGCAACAGAUGGUCCUGUUGACUUCCCGGACAUUCAAACACUUCCAGAUAAGAGUACUUCUCUAAACACUUCUGGCUUCCGUGUCGAGACCUUCCCGGACCCAAACAAUGAGAUUGAUAAAACAGCAUCCAAGCAGUAUCGAUAUGUCCCGCUCCGGAAUAUUCGCCCUCUGAGUCAAUGGCAGAUGCUCCUCCAUGGGAACCCCCGUUCAGAAUGGCAUCACUCUAUUAUGUCGGCCUUGACAUGUAUGACGAGUAUAUCGUUGUACGAGAAGUGGUGGUUCAAGGGAACAUGGCCUAGUGCAAGCAUCUUGUGCAAAGGAAUCUACAUAGGUCCAGAAUUCAUCAUGACAGGGGAUACAGUCAGAAUAACUCCCCACGCCAAAUCCACGGCAAAGAUGAAGAAAUGUACUGAUGUCAUGAUCGUGGAUUCAAUCAGACUGAAUCUGCUAAACAUCCGACCAGAAGACGUCUUACCAGAUACACCCUUACUUUCUGCUGCGUCCUCAAUCACUCUUGUGGGCAGGGCAUAUACUCUGGACAUACGACGUCAUUACACGAUGCAAAAUCAUGAUCCGAAUGCCGCCGAGACGGUGCUACCUGCGCCAGUGCCACAAGAGGAGGUCAAGACUGUAUUUCGACCUGUUGGUACGGGUGAUUAUGGUACCUGGUACUACUUACAUGACCCAACUAAGAGAUAUGAGAUCUCUUAUGACCGGGUUCUGGGUAGGUUAUACGAAGCCGCAGCAGUGAAACUAUGGAUCGGCCAGGCUCAAUUCAAGCGUAGUGGUCGUGAACAUACGGUGGUUAGACCGAGCCUGGACUUUGAUUUGGAAGCUAUCGACGAAGGCCGAAGAUAUGCAAGCGAGACCGACGAGCGCAUCGAAGAACCAAAACCAGGUCAACUGGGAUGGUUUUGGGCCGACACCAGAGUGGAAGCCCUAGACAUACAAACAAUCAAUGGUAUUGAGGUUGGGAAGUACCACGCCGCCCGGACGCCAGCGACGCUCGAGCAAUGGAGGAUGUAUAUGAGGCUUAUCAACGGACAUACCGAAACGCCAGACCUCUUCAAGUACACUUCAGAUUAUGCAUUGCUGUCAGAGCUAUCAGGAACGGGAGGUCGACGGGGGCGGAAGCCUGGCUCGAAAAUUGUCAAUGGCCGGGUGGUCAUGCCAGGCGACCCAGGAUACGAUGAGAUCGCCGGUAAAUCACUCCCAGAGCCCAAUACGACGCCAAAACACAAGAGUAGUCAACUUGCCGGAGCGGCUUUGGUCUCCACUGAUGAUGAAGGCGACGAAAGCGACGAAGACGACAUUGACCAUUUCGAAGAUGCCGAGGAAGUACUGCCAUCGGUUGAACGUUCUUCACUGGUGGCUGCUACGAGUCGUGGAAGUCCCCUUCCUCGGAAACAGAAAACGCAUAUUCAAUCAAAGGCACAGAUCAUGCAGAAUCCAGAGGAGAUUGAUGACGAAGAAGAAGAAGACGACGACGACGAGUGGUUGCGCAGCAAACCCCUAAUACGGGGAGGAACAGAGGAAUCUGAAGGCGGCGAUUACCGGCCUGGUUCUGAAUAG